GUCCUUGAAGUGAUUUGGUGUCGCCCGCUACUCGCUACAGCGCACGCUUACCUUAAUUUCGUGUCGCCCGACUGUUUGCUCGUCUCGUGCUGCGUUUUCCUGCCUGUUCAGAUUUCCCGAAGUCCGCUCAGUGCGUGUGCCAGUGCGUGUGCCAGUGCGUCUGCGCAGUGUGUGCGGGAGGAACAGCGAGUGAAGCGCGAGGAGCGCAGUCGGACAUGAUGCGCGCGGAGCUCAGAGACGAGGCACCAUGGUGAGGAAGAGACCAAGAGCGCGAGGAUUGCUCUUCCUGAAGCUCCGCAGAUGCACAGUGCAUGAAGAACCCGGAGUACUCAGGGGCGGUUUGGUUUUACUGGUCUGAGAGGAAACCUCGGCGGAAAUCCGCCUAGAAGAGCACCAGAAACAGUUUUCUUCUGCUUAUGGAGAACCUCAGCAAUCUGGAAUACAUGAUGAAGUUCAAGCCCAAUCAGACGAGGACGUACGACGGAGAAGGCUUUAAAAAACGGGCCGCGUGUUUGUGCUUCAAGAACGACCGGGAGGAUGAGGUGUUGCUUGUGAGCAGCAGCCGGCACCCGGAUCAGUGGAUUGUUCCAGGAGGCGGGAUGGAGCCAGAGGAAGAGCCGGGUGGAACUGCUGUGAGGGAGGUCUAUGAAGAGGCUGGUGUAAGGGGCACGCUUGGCAGAUUGCUGGGAGUUUUUGAGAACCAAGACAGCAAACAUCGAACGUAUGUGUAUGUGCUUACGGUUACAGAGACACUGGAGGACUGGGAGGACUCUGUUAACAUUGGUCGCAAGAGAAAGUGGUUUAAGAUUGAUGAGGCGAUCCGGGUGCUGCAGUGCCAUAAGCCGGUCCAUGCUGAGUACCUGCGCAGGCUCACACCUCGCUGUAGCUCGACUAACGGAAACACCCAGGAGCCAACAGGCCAAGGCGAUAACACACCGCUCCAUCAGACCACCUCACAUGACUGCAGUCUGCCCCGAUUACACAGAUAGAACUGCCAACAGGGGGCAGCUUUGAGCCACACAAAAAGGACUGGAAAGGACUACUUUUGCAUGCAGCAUUUCUAUACUUCUUAGUUUUUUCUAAUGUUGAGAAGCCAAAGGUUUAAAGAAGAAUGUGCCUUUGACUCACAAGUUUAGCAUAUAGUGUGCAUAGAGCUUUUGAGCUAUUUCUUUCCUACAGCCGAACAAAGAUGUGGUGGACUUGAGCUUUGAAUGAAGGCUAUUGAGAAGAAAGUGGACAUUUGGAGCACCUUUGAAUGGAUUUUUAAAUAACUGAUAAAUUACUUAUGGAUUUUUAGCAUUAUUUAUUCAUAGGUUGCAGUGAUUUAAAGAAUGUUUGACAUGAACCUAAAGCAUCUUUAGCAAUGGCAAAACUGUGCAAUACUUGAUGUAAAAAUUCACAAUGAAAUCUCCAAAAAAAGGA